AAACUUCAUACAGACAUUGCUUGGAAAUAGCUUUCAGUUUUGAUUUAUAUCUUUGCCUGUGAAUUAAAUAAAAAUUGUUGUUAUAAAUUUUGUAAUUGAAAAUUUUAUAAGUUGUUUUUUUACAAUCUUGACUAAGUAUUUUGAAACUAUUGAGGCAGAAUAAGGAAACUCGGAAAAUAUAUAAGUAAUUUGCAAGGAGGGGUCAAAGAUCCACCAUUCACACAAAAUUUAAAAAGCACAAAAAAAGCACCGACGAGAACAACUGACUGCGCAGCGCCAGUGAGGAAAUCAAGAAAACGCAAAUCUUUAAGAUUCACAGCAUAAGUAUUGCUAAGAAUAUAUCAAGUUUAUAGCACACUUGCAGUACUAAAACGGAGUCCAACGAUGUCCAACGGCGCUCUGCCAAAGACCAAGACAUCCAAAUCAUCGCUGAAGAGCAGCGAUUGUCGCGAAGAGGCGAAAGUACAAAACUCCAAUAGCGAAUUCUCAUUUGAGCUGAAACCAAAACCGAAAUUGACUUGCAUACCAGAGAAUUGUAGUCAAUUCUUUAGCGAUUUGCGUGAACCAUUUUGCAGAAAAACACAAUCGCUGAAUGUGUCCAAGAAGACGGAGGUACCGGAGAAAUCGUGGUCCGUUUUGUUUAUCGGUUCAAAGAGUAAUCUGCACGCCAAAAAUCUCAUUAUGUAAAUGAAGCAUGGGAAGGAAAUAUUAUAGUUACAACCAAAACAAACUUGUUGCGACCAAACGUUUGUUGCGGAAGAGCUCUCUGCGUGAACUCUGGAAGCUAAUGAAAAUAGUUUUUCUUUCAAAAAUUACCGCUUGUGAUAAGAUGCAAAAUUCAUAAAAUAAAAUUUAGCUGAUUUCAGAGAAAUGUUAAUAAUAAUUUGUUAAAGAGGGAAA